UAUUUUAAUGGCAGUGGAAACAAAGAGCAUGCUCCUUCCGCUGCAUUAAUUGUUGGGUUACGGUCACGUGAGAGGAAACUCGCUGGAAAAACUUAGGGUCCACGUGUCCCGUCAAAACAACACCUCUACAAUGAAAUCCCAUCAGAAUGAACAGUGAUGCGAAAGCGAAAAGGCAGCGCAGACCAUGACAGCUCGUUCACGGGUACACUACUGGAAGACCGCUCCGAUCUAAAGCAGUGCCACAGAAAGACAGACGCUGCUUCUGAUCCGGGAGGUGCAGGGACAGCGAUGGGGAGACGCUACAGGAGGGGUGGUUUGAUGUGGAGGCUGAGGAAGCUACUGAUCUGUGUGCUGGGAAUCUACAUCGCCAUCCCUGUUAUCAUCAAAGUCUGUCCAUCAAUACAAGCAAAAUUAGUAUUUUUAAACUUUGUGCGAGUGCCAUAUUUUAUAGAUCUGAAGAGACCACAGGAUCAGGGCUUGAAUCACACUCGCAACUUCUACCUGCAGCCCGAGGAGGGAAUCAACAUUGGAGUGUGGCACACAGUACCUUCAGUGAUGUGGAGGGAGGCUCAGGCAAAAGAUGCUGAAUGGUAUGACAAAAGCUUCCAGUCCAGUCAUCCUGUCAUCCUGUAUCUCCAUGGCAACGCUGGAACAAGAGGAGGGGAUCACAGAGUUCAGCUGUACAAGGUUCUUUGUUCAUUAGGCUACCAUGUAGUCACAUUCGAUUAUAGAGGCUGGGGUGACUCUGAGGGAAGCCCUUCAGAGAAAGGCAUGACAUCAGAUGCUCUCUUCCUCUACCAAUGGAUAAAGCAGCGGAUUGGCCAGAAGCCCCUGUACAUAUGGGGUCACUCGCUCGGCACAGGAGUGGCCACUAACCUAGUGAGACGGCUCUGUGACAGGGGAACGCCCCCAGACUCCCUAAUUUUAGAGUCACCUUUUACCAAUAUCAGAGAGGAAGCUAAGAGCCAUCCCUUCUCUAUGGUUUACAGAUAUCUACCAGGCUUUGACUGGUUCUUCCUGGAUUCUAUAGCUGCAAAUGACAUUCGCUUUGCCAGUGACGAGAAUGUCAACCACAUAUCCUGUCCGGUUCUGAUCCUGCAUGCAGAAGAUGACACUGUUGUACCCUUCCAGCUGGGCAAGAAGCUGUAUGAUUUGGCAGCUCAGAGCAAGAGUCUGAACGGUCAUAAGGUUCAGUUCAUCCCAUUCUCCAGCUCUCUGGGCUACAGACACAAGUUCAUCUACAAGAGCCCACAGCUACCAAAUAUACUCAGUGAUUUUCUCAGUGCGCCGCAUCCUCACGUGUAGGCAGGAUCAUUUCAGCCGACUGUCCUCUCUCACACACUCUGUUUAACACACCUACACAAUCUACGUGAUCUGCACCAUGUACUUCAUGUGUACAUGCACACACAAGCAUGGACUGAAGAUGCACCAGUUCUUUUACAUUCCUUUGUUAACUUAAAACCUACGGAGGGAUAAAGUCAUUUGGAGAGUGACAGGGCUGGGUGAUUUCUUACACCGCUUCCUGUUGCCAUGGUAACAGAUCUGAAGGGGCAGCUGGAGCACAAAGUAUGCAAAAUAAUAUGCAGAUAUGCACUGAAAUAAUGCUUAGGUCAACAACCCUCUUCUAAGGAGAGACGCACUGAAGUUUUAGCAAUGGCACUGCGAAAACCACACAAGGAUUACGGUCAAAGGGAAGAAGCAGGACAACAUACUAUAAUGAUGUCAUUGUCAGUGCUUGCUGACUGCGAUUCACUCCUUUUUUAUGAACGUACAACAACAAACUUGUCGACAAUAUCAUGGACCUUAUUUAAAGUCUGAAAUGCACUCAAUGUUAACAGCGAGUUGUUUUAGGUUGAACUUGAAUGAUUUACAAUAAAAUCUUUUCUUUUUUUUCUGUCUUUAUUUUUCUCCCAAUUGAAAUGAUAAUUUAAAUUGCAGAUUUUUAUGCUGCCUUGGCAUUAAAACUGUAAUAUUUUUA